CAUUCAGUGGCCUUUUACCCUGGUUUUCAUCACAACCAAGGGUUUUUGGCAGGGGUAAGCUUUCCAGUUGUCAUGUACCAUUUACCUUAUAUCUAAUCCUCUAAAAGUUUGCCUAUGCACGGGAGCAGCAGCAGCCAGCCAGCCAAGAAAAGAACUAAACUAAGUAAAUGUCUUACUGUAAGACUAUCUUACUGCAAGACCCAUGAUCGGGGAGUGGCGCUUCAUCCUCCCAAGGGCUAUGUGUACCUCUGUGGCAGUUUCACGAGAUCAAAGAUCUUGAGAAAAACAUACCACUCCAACGCAAACAAUGCGGAUAGCUGGACACCCCGCUUACAUUUCCAUCGGACAAGGAGGAAUGGAAUAAGAAAGUGCAGGAAAGCAAGCUGACGAGAACCGCGAACUUUGCCAGAAGCCUCCGUACACAACGGGACUAUACAGGCUGCAUAAUGGAUACACCUUCCACUUCUAUCCUGGACAAGAUAAACCCACUGAUAAGAAGGUAUAAGACCCCUGGUACGGCAUGGCAUUCCUCCCUUACUACA